CCGAGGUCUACACGCUGUCACGCGCACGUGCUCAUCGCGAGGCCACCCGCUCCGCCGCCUCCAUUUCGUCGCCGUCGCCGUUGCCGUCGCCGCCGCGGCGGCGUCUCUCUCCUCCGCGUGGGCUGCUCUGCUUCGUUUCCGCGGCGGAGGCGGGGCGGGGCUGGGCCUGUCGGCCAGGGACAGGGAGCCAGGGAGGUUGCCGCUCAUGGAGAUGGAAGAUAGCGGUCGCGGCGUCGUGGGCGCCGGGAAGCGCGGCGUCGCGGAGACCUUCUCCAGGCUCCGGGAGCAGGGCAAGACUGCAUUCAUUCCAUUCAUCACCGCCAGUGACCCUGACUUGGCAACCACAUCGAAAGCGUUGAAGAUCCUUGAUUCCUGUGGUUCAGAUGUGAUUGAGCUGGGUGUACCUUACUCGGAUCCGUUGGCUGAUGGGCCGGUUAUUCAGGCUGCAGCAACGCGUGCUCUUAAGAAAGGCGCUACAUUUGAUUCCGUCAUAGCUAUGCUCAAGGGGGUUAUACCUGAGUUGUCUUGUCCAAUAGUUAUCUUCACAUACUACAACCCAAUUUUAAAGCGCGGAGUGAGUAACUUCAUGGCUAUCAUUAAACAAGCCGGCGUACAUGGUCUUGUAGUACCUGAUCUUCCUUUGGAAGAGACAGCGCUGUUGAGGAAUGAGGCUGUCAUGCAUGGCAUAGAGCUGGUGCUGCUUACAACACCAACCACACCAACAGAGAGGAUGAAGGAGAUUGCAAAAGCUUCAGAAGGAUUUAUUUAUCUUGUAAGUUCUGUUGGAGUUACAGGUGCACGCUCAAAUGUAAAUUUGCGUGUUGAGUACCUUCUUCAGGAGAUCAAGAAGGUUACAGACAAACCUGUUGCUGUUGGCUUUGGCAUAUCGACUCCAGAGCAUGUAAAGCAGAUUGCAGGCUGGGGAGCAGAUGGUGUGAUCAUCGGCAGCGCUAUUGUUAGACAGUUAGGAGAGGCUGCUUCACCUGAAGAAGGGUUGAAAAGAGUAGAAGAGUAUGCCAAGAACAUGAAGGCUGCUAUGCCUUGAGAUGAGCGGUUCCAUGCCUCCACCCAUGCAAGCCAACAAGAAGAUGAAUAAUAAAGAAGGUAGCUCAGAAACUGUCUGAAAUAGCUGUCCCAGAAUUGCAUCUCCAAUUUUGUAAGUUCAUAAAUAAAAUCCAAUGAACAUUUAUGGAGUAGUAGUAUAUCAGGAGAAAUUAAUAUGCAGAACAUAUUAGGCUCUUUUUGUAAGAUCCAAUCAGGAGUUGUGUCAUGCCAUCAAUUCUGGGAAACAUCGUGUUAAUCCUUUUGCAGGCUGAAAAGACAGCGAUUGGAAUGAGUUAUCCCAUAUUCCUAUUCCUGUGGGGAUAGGAGGCAACACAUCAAGGACGGAUAAGGCCUGGAUGAUUUCCAUGGCUGACUGGAGAUUAUGCCGUCUGAAUCCAUCAUCUCUUGUCCAUGGAUGAGGCAGCACAACGGCUGCGCUGAAAGCGACUUUGCCUUCAGAUUUCCUCCCCUAAUUGCCCAAGUUCUCCAGGAAGACUGCAAUUUGCAGGGGUCACUUGUCUUUCAAAAUGAUCCCCAUGGUCCCAGAUGCUGACACUUUUCUUCCAGUUCUCCAUAACGAAUUAAACCCAUAUAUAUUCAUACACUUCUUCUAUGCUUUUUCGAGGGGAAAGGGAUACACUUCUUCUAUGCUUAUCAUCAUCAUCUAGCUAUGACAUGUUCUUGACUGGAAAUCUGGAAUCAAAAUGAACCAAGUGGUUGGUUGGCGGGCUACCUUGUCAAGUCAGAAUGAAAGAGAUUAAGCAUAUCUGAAUUCCAGGGACAGUGUAACAUUGGAACAAGCAGUGUAACAUAAGCAAGUAUAGUUGAAUUGGUCUUGUCAAUUUAGCAGCUGUGCAUUAGCGAGCAAACAGCUAUACUAAUUUGCAUGUUACUCCCUGAUGGCAUGAUCUGUAAUAACUGGAAUUAGCCAUGAAAAAGUGAUGUUCUGUAGCCA